AUGUUGCUGAAGCAGGUCCUUGUGGCCGCUCUGCUCUCCUUGAGCUCUGUCACGGCUUUCCCAAACCCGAACAACCUCCAUGACGUGGAGGCCAGGGAUGUCGAAGAUAACCUCGUUGCUCGUGGCGGUAACCACGACUGUGGCUCUUAUGCCAGCUGGAACAACGGAAAGAACUACUGUGUCUGCAAAGACAAUGGCAAGAAUUACGACUCCAAGUCAAAGUCAUGCAACUGCCCCAGUGGUUUGACCUGGAAUGGUCACCAGUGCGUCCACGACUGUGGAAAAGAUGCUACUUGGCAGUAUGGAAACUGUGUCUGCAACAAGAAAGGCGAAGUCUACAAUCCCAAGACCAAGACCUGCAGCUGCCCUCCAGGACAGUAUUGGAACGGCAAGAACUGCCAGAUUGACUGCGGAAAAGACGCUUCGUACGACUGGAAGCAGAAGAAAUGCGUCUGCAAGAAACAAGGCGAAAUCUACAACUCCAACUCCAAGACCUGCAGCUGCCCCUCUGGAACAGUUUGGAACGGCUACGCUUGCGUUGUUGACUGUGGCAAGGAAGCGCACUACGACAAAUGGCAAAAGAAGUGCGUCUGUAACAACAACGGCGAAGUCUACAACUCAGGCAGCAAAACUUGCAGUUGCCCUGGCGGACAAUACUGGAACGGCAAGAAAUGUGUUUGCCCGUACGGUAAAGUCUGGAAUGGCAAGCAGUGUGUAGAGGACUGCGGCAAGGAAGCCCACUUCGACUACAACCAAAAGAAGUGCGUAUGCAACAACAAGGGCGAAAUCUUUAACUCUGCCAAAAAGACUUGCAGCUGUCCCGAUGGUCAAUUCUGGAACGGCAAGCAAUGCGUCUGCCCAUAUGGUAAAGUUUGGAACGGCAAACAGUGUGUUCCUGAUUGUGGCAAGGAAGCCCACUUCGACUAUAACCAGAAGAAGUGUGUGUGCAACAACAAGGGCGAAGUCUAUAACUCGGCCAAGAAGACCUGCAGUUGUCCUGAUGGCCAGUUCUGGAACGGCAAGCAAUGUGUUUGCCCGUACGGCCAAGUCUUUAACGGCAAGCAAUGUGUUCCUGAUUGCGGUAAAGAAGCCACCUUUGAUUACAAACAGAGGAAGUGCGUUUGCAAGAACCACGGAGAGAUCUACGACUCCAAGACCAAGACUUGCAGUUGUCCCGAUAGCCAGGUCUGGAACGGCAAGCAAUGCGUCUGCCCAUACGGCAAGGUCUGGAACGGCAAGCAGUGUGUAGAAGACUGUGGCAAGGACGCACACUUCGAUUACAACCAGAAGAAGUGUGUUUGCAACAAGAACGGAGAGAUCUUUGAUUCAAAGACCAAGACUUGCAAAUGCCCUGACGGUCAGUACUGGAAUGGCAAGCAGUGUGCCUGUCCAUACGGCCAGAUCUUCAACGGCAAGCAAUGUGUCCCCGACUGCGGUAAAGACGCAACCUAUGAUUACAAUCAGAAGAAGUGUGUUUGCAAGAACAAGGGAGAAAUCUUCGAUUCAAAGACCAAGACCUGCAAAUGCCCUGACGGCCAGUACUGGAAUGGCAAGCAAUGCGUCUGCCCAUACGGCAAGAUCUUCAACGGCAAGCAAUGCGUAGAGGACUGCGGCAAAGAUGCUCAUUUCGACAGCAACCAGAAGAAGUGCGUGUGCAACAAGCAGGGCGAGAUUUACGAUGAUAAAUCCAAGACUUGCAAAUGCCCCGACGGCCAAUACUGGGACGGAUCCAAGUGUGCGUGCCCCUACGGCAAGGUCUGGGACGGAAAGCAAUGCGUGCCAAACUGCGGCAAAGAUGCUAGCUACGACAGCAAGCAGAACAAGUGCGUGUGCAAGAAGAUCGGCCAAGUCUUUGAUAGCAAGUCCUUGACUUGCAGCUGCCCAUCCGGAACCUCUUGGAACGGCUACGCAUGUGUGCAAGAUUGUGGCAAAGACGCUCAUUACGAUAGCAACCAGAAGUACUGCGUGUGCAACAAGAAGGGCGAGGUUUACGACUCCAAGUCCAAGACUUGCAGCUGCCCAGGAAACCAGUAUUGGGACGGCAACAAGUGCGCGUGCCCAUAUGGAUCGACUUGGGAUAGCGGCAAGAAGACUUGUAAGAUGAACUAUCCUUGA